AUGUUUCCUGCUUUACCUUCAGAUGUCCAGAAAGUGAUUGUUGGUGAAGAACAUCAGCAGGAGUGGAGCUCCAGUCUGGACCAGGAGGACACAAAGCCCCCACACAUUAAAGAGGAACAGGAGGAACUCUGGAUCAGUCAGGAUGAAGAGCAGCUUCAAGGGCCCGAGGAGGCUGAUAGUGAAGAUGAUGAAGAGAAACCUCAGUUCUCACAGCUUCAUCAAAGACAAACUGAAGAGAUAAAAACUGAAGCUGAUGGAGAGGACUGUGGAGGACCAGAACCAGCCAUGAACUCAGAUCCAGAUACACAUUCACAACCAGACACUGAUGACGAGACUGGAGACUCUUCUGAACCUGAGACUGAUGACAGUGCUUAUUGGAAAGAGACCAGAGAACCUCAAUCAGGUUUAAACUCUCUGAAAAAUAAUGAAGUCCCUAUCAGUGAACCGAGAUUUAGUGCUGGUGAGAAUCCAUUUAGCUGCUCUGAGUGUGGGAAAAGAUUUUGUCAGACGACAAGUCUGAAGAGACAUGUGAUAGCUCAUACAAGAGAGAAACCAUUUAGCUGCUCAGUCUGUAAGAAAGCUUUUACAGAGAGUGGACAUUUACAGGCACACAUGAGAAUCCACACAGGAGAGAAACCAUUUAGCUGCUCAGUCUGUAAGAAAGCUUUUACAGAGAGUGGACAUUUAGAGAAACACAUACGAGCCCACACAGGAGAGAAACCAUUUAUCUGCUCAAUAUGUAAGAAAGCUUUUACAGUGAAGGACAGUUUAAAGAGACACAUGAGAUAUCAUUCAGGAGAGAAACCAUUUAGCUGCUCUGUCUGUAAGAAAGCGUUUACAGAGAGCGGGAAUUUAAAGACACACAUGAGAAUACACACAGGAGAGAGACCAUUUAUCUGCUCAGUCUGUAAUGACGAUUUUAGAGGUAGUGGAAGUUUAAAGAGACACAUGAGAAGCCACACAGGAGAGAAACCAUUUAGCUGCUCAAUCUGUAAGAAAGCUUUUACAGAGAGAGGACAUUUACAGACACACAUGAGAAUCCACACAGGAGAGAAACCAUUUAGCUGCUCAAUCUGUAAGAAAGAUUUUAUACAGAGUGGGAACUUAAAGACACACAUGAGGACCCACCACGCGAGUGUUACAAGCUCCCCUCUUGUUUAGCUUCUCCCUGUCUGCUCUACUCAGGUGAUCCUGAUUUGAUCGUUAGUGGUUGGCUCCGCCCCCUGUACUUAAGGAAGGCUGGAGGACUCAUUCAGAAUG